AGGAGGAAGAGGAGGAGGGAGGGAAGGGAAGGCAGCCAUCCUCCAUCCCUCCCUCCAUCCCUCCAUCCCAGAAGGGCCCUGCUCCCUUCCUCCUCUUCCCCUUCCUCCUCCUCCUCCUCCAUCGAGGGCCGCCGGCCGGGACCCUCGCCUGGGCGCCUCCCCGCUCUGCCUGCCUCCUGGCCGGGCGAGAAGGCAAGCAGUAGCCCCCAGCGCCAGGAUAUGUUCGAGACACAGGGCCGAUCCCUGGGUGGCCGCACUGGCACCACCUCCCCACGUACCACGCCAAGCAGCUCCCCCUCACUGAGGAAGCGUCUGCUCCAGUUGCCCCCGCGACCACCUCCAGAGUCACCGUCAGAGACCAUGGUGGAGAAGGGUUCAGAGAACGCCGCAGAGCGGACCCCUCCACCAGGGCCCCCUCCCAGCACCCCUCUCAACUACCCGCUUAGUGGGCGCAGCUUCAUGCGCAAUAACAAGAAAAUGCAGAGCUGGUACAGUAUGCUGAGCCCCACCUACAAGCAACGCAAUGAGGAUUUCCGCAGGAUCUUCAAGGGGCUGCCUGAAGCUGAACGGCUCCUUGUAGAUUACUCCUGCGCAUUGCAACGUGACAUCUUGCUUCAAGGACGACUCUACCUGUCAGAGAACUGGAUCUGCUUUUACAGCAACAUCUUCCGAUGGGAAACCACUAUCUCUAUUCAGCUCAAGGAGGUGACAUGCUUAAAGAAAGAGAAGACAGCCAAGCUGAUUCCCAAUGCAAUCCAGAUUUGCACUGAGACCGAAAAGCAUUUCUUCACAUCAUUUGGUGCCCGUGACCGUUGUUUCAUGCUGAUUUUUCGCCUUUGGCAGAAUGCUCUCCUGGAGAAGACUUUGUCCCCCCGGGAGCUCUGGCACAUUGUCCACCAGUGCUAUGGCUCUGAACUGGGCCUCACCAGUGAGGAUGAUGAUUAUGUCUCUCCUGUUGAUGAGAUCAAUGGCUUGGGAAGCCCUAAAGAGAUUGGAGAUGUCAUCGACCUGACUGACUUGACUUCCCGUUGCACCUCAGACCUCAAGCUUGACAGCAGCCCGCUACUGGACAAAAGGGAUGCCACUCAGAGCAUCAAUUCACUGGCCAGCAGUAGUGAUGGGACCACCUCGCUGGCAGAGGACCCAGAAGAGAACACAGACAGCCAAGUGGAUGCCUCAUCCAGCCACACAGUGACCUCAGUGACUGAACCUCCCCAAGAUGACUUAUCACGAGGAACACCAGUGUCCCCCCUGGAGGGGGAACCUGUUCCCAGUGAGGAACUCCCCACUGACAUGAGCAAUUCCUCCACUUCCACACAAGAUGAAGGUGAGGGCGGCCCCAGUCCUGCUCUAACCAUUAAGCCUACUUCCCUUCCAAAUCUUGGACUAGAAUCUAGGCAGCCUGCACCUCAACCACCUGCCUUUCCUCCUUCUCCUCAAGCCGAGGUGGACGCCUUCUUUUCAGACCUGCCAGGGCGAUUGCUGAUUAAUACUGUUUAUCAUGUCGGAGCAGAGAGGCUUCAGCAGAUGCUCUUCAGCGACUCUCAGUUCAUACAUAGCUUUUUGGAUCAGCGGAAGUUCACAGAUGUGGCACUGACGUCAUGGACUGGAGACAACAAGUGCCACCAAAGCCGUGUAAUUUCCUAUACCAUCCCCAUCAACAACCCAUUAGGCCCCAAGGCUGCUGCUGUGGUAGAGACCCAGACUCUCUUCCGUGCCAGUUCCAAGAGCGGGGGCUGUGUGAUUGAUUCAGAAGUGAUCACACAGGGCAUCCCCUACCAGGACUACUUCUACACAGUCCAUCGAUACUGUAUCACUACAGUGGCCAAAAGCAAGGCUCGGCUCAGAGUCUCCUCUGAGAUCCGGUAUCGGAAGCAGCCGUGGAACCUAGUGAAGACGCUCAUUGAAAAAAACGCCUGGAGUGGUGUUGAAGAGUAUUUCCAACACUUAGAGCUGGCACUGGUGCAGGCAGAGAAAGCCCUGCUAGAGGAGAGCUGCCAUGGCAAAGAACCACGAGGGCUCUUGUCUGGACUCCGCCGCAGGAAACGCACACUGAGCUGGAGAGCCCCUCAUAUUGAACCCCCAAUUCCCCCAUUACCCGAUGGUGAGGGGACAAGCCGCACCAUUCGACCCUCAGGCAGCCUUACCUCACGGCUUUCAGAGCAGCUGUCUGAGCAAGGGCAAAGCCAGACAGUCUCCACAGUGAUCCUCAUCAUCAGCAUGGUGAUAUGUGUGAGCCUGGUGGUUUUGGUCAUCCUCAACAUGAUGCUGUUUUACCGGCUUUGGUCUCUGGAGCACACAGCCCGAACCUUUGAAUCCUGGCAGGCUUAUGCACUCUCCAAUGGAAAGCUACCACAGACAGCAUCAGAAUGGGCUGAGAUUUUGGAGCUACAGAAGCGGUUCCAUAGCGUGGAAGUGCAGAAGUGGAAACAGAUCCUCAAGGCCUCAGUGGAGCUUCUGGAUGAGAUGAAGAUCUCCCUCGAGAAGCUGUACCAGGGCAUCACGGUGGCUGAGCCUCCCUUGGAGCCGGAGUGAAACCCCAAUGAUUCCCCAUCUUGAGUGUUUCACUGGACUUUGGGAGAAGAUUCCGGACCCCACUUUAAAGACUGCUGCGGGCUCAGUGGCACCCAGAUCUGAUGGGUGGGUGGGUGAUGGGAAUGACGUCUUCUCCUUGCCAGUUCAUUACUUGGACCUUAUUCUCAAGAGUGCCACUGACAGCAAUGGAUUCCCUCCUUUGUCCUGCUUCAGAGAUACAGUGGUCUGGACACUCUCUCUCUCUUUCAGUCUCUGAGGGUCUCUGCAGUGGCUUCAAUUGAUCCCCCUCCCCCUUUAAGUGCUAUUUAUAUUCCCCACAGGACCCCAGAGACUUUCUGACUUGCCACUCCUCUUUCCAACUGUUUUUAAAAUUAUUUUGGGGGGUGUAUUGGAUGGAAAUGAUUUAGAGGACUGAGUUUGGUGCUUGCAUCUGCCUCUCUUAUUGAGGCUUCACCAAAGUCUGGGAGAGUAAUAACCCAUUUCCUUCCAUACUGUGGACAGCAAAUGGCAUCAAAUUUAUUUCCAAAUCAUUUUUUUCACUCACUUAUGUGCAGAUGGUUGAGUGAAAAACUCAGAUCCCUCCAUGGGCUCCUUCCUUGGCUCUCCAUCCUUCUAUCCUCCCAUUCCCUUCCUUUUGUGUGCCUGAUAGUUUCAUCGAAGAUAUGUUUUUCAACAUUACCUCCGAGAGGGUGGGCAUACUCCCUCAAUAUCAUAUUGCCUUACACAGAAAGGCAGUUGGGUUGUGUAGGAGUUCAUUGGGGCUAGGGUGGGAAACUUACAGACCAUCAGAUACAACUGCUGCUCCCAUCCAGGGUGUGGAAAAGUUCUAGUUUUGGACUUCACCUCCCAGCAUCCCCCAUCUGCUGGUUGGGCAUUCUGGAAGUUGGUCAGAAAAAGAAUUUUCCUCCCACGAUGACUUAUAACUGCUCAGGUUUGGCUGAGAUGCACGGGCAGAAUCUUAACAGCAUCUGUAAGCUUCAGGUUUCCCAUCCUUGCUUUAGGGAAUGUCUGGGAAAGAAAUCCAAAAGGAACUGAGCUAUUCCAUCUCAUUUUGAAUGGUUUCUGCAUUUCUUUGGGUGAGAUUUGAGAGGUGUUGCAUAGAAAGUACAUGACUUCUUGACGGUGUCUGCUUUGCUCAUCUCGCCAUGUUCUUUGUUUAGCAUAAUAUUGCCAGACUCGGGGGAGAAGGUGUUAUCGAGAUGAAUCUAAGUGCAGACUGAUAACGGUUGUGUUUUGGUUUAUUUGUAAAUCCCAUGCAAGGAGGACCAUGCUCCCAAACAACAAGACUCUCUUUGGCCUGAUUCUUCCUCUGCCUGUCUCCAAGGCAACCUACAGGCUUUUCAUUCACAAAGUGGAACUGUAUCGUCACUUUAAAAUGAGGUUUCACUGCCAGUCUGGGCCUGCGCGCCCUUCAAAUACUGCCUGAGGGUGGGGAUUGAAAUCUGCCCCCUCCUGGGGAGGGGGUAUGUCUGCCAUCUCCUUGUUCUCUGUCCCUUAGAGCUCUGGAGGCUCAGGUUUCUGAUCCCCCGCCCUUUUCACCCUUCUUCCCCCACCUUGUUUUUUAAAGCUGUGUUCAGUGUUAACAAUCCUGUGUGUUCAAGGUUCCACAGAGGUACUGGGGCUUAUUUAUUAGGAAGCAGAAUAAAGACUGUGGAUCAGAAUC